AUGUCAUCAUUGAUCAUUUUAUUCUUAUUUAUUGAUUUGAUACAAUUAAAUCCAAUCAAUAUAACAAUGAAUAAUUUAAUCGAUAUUUUAUUAUCACUUAGAAACAAUGAUUUAUAUAUGUUACCAUAUAAUCAUUCAUUAUUAUUUUAUCCAUAUAAUGGACCAUUUUAUAAACCAUUAUGGAAAUUAUCUAAACCAUAUUAUUAUUUUUCACAAUAUGGUUUCCCUAAUCCAUUUUAUCCAUCAUUAUCAUCUAGAAUUAAUAUGAAAUUUAUAAAAAAUGAUAUAUUGAUUAUUAAAGAAUCAACUCAUAAUUUAACAAGAAAAUAUAUUUUAACGGAAAAUUUCACAUUAUUUGAUUUAUAUUCUAAUUUAUUAUCAAAAUUUGCUAAUGAAACAUUUACAUAUGAUGAUAUUACUGAUAACAAUGAUAAGAGUAGUAUAAGUAGUAGUAAUAAUGAUAACAUGAUGAAUUCUAUGAAUAUUAAACCUUCAAUGAUGAACAAUUAUGAUAAUAUUCAAAUAAAUACUGAGAAAAUGACAAAUACAAUGGUGUAUACACAUGAUGAUGAGGAUGAGGAUGAUGAAGACGAUCAGAAAAAUAGAAUAACGAAUGUUAUUUUAGGUGAACGACUUCAACCAAGAAUGUUUCUUCCUUUAUUUAUUGAUAUUUAUAGAAUAUUUAAAUCUAUUAAAGUACAAUGUGGAAAAACCUGUAAAGAUUAUAUACCAAAUUAUGAAUAUGUUCUAUGGAUGUAUAAUUGGGUUAUAUGUACAAAUUUAGGACCAAAACCUAAAAAUGAUAUUGAUGGAAUAUGUCCAAAAAUUUGUCGUCCACGUGUAGAUAUAAUAAAAAAUGAUUUUAUUCAACAAAUUAUCAAUUUAACUUUUAAAUCAAUUCAUAUUGUUAAUCCAUUUGAUGUUUGUUCACAAUUACUUCAUACAAUAUCUGGUUCAUGUUUAGUGCAUGGAAAUGGUGUCUAUGUAAAUGAGUUCUCGUGUCAAUGUAAAUCAAAUGCAUAUCAUUGGCAAACUAUCAAUUCAUUAACUGGUUGUUUAUUAAUACCAGAAAUUAUAAAAAGUCAAUACAAAAAUGUAUCCAUGGCAACAUGGUUUAUUGAAUGUACUCAUGAAAUGUAUCCAUUUUGUCAAUAUGGUACAAAAAAAUGUUAUCAACGUUUACGUUUAAUUCAAUCUAAUCACAAUAAUAAUAGUGCUAAUAAUCAUAAUAAUAAUGAAUUAACCUUAAUCUCUGAUGUUGAUAUCUCAUUAUGGCCAUAUUGUUUAUGUUAUAAAAAUUUUACUGGUAUUGAUUGUUCUAUACCAUUUAAUUCAUGUCAACAUCUUAUAUCGAAUGUUUUAAUGAAAUCACAAGUACUAUUACAUAAUCAAUUAGUUUAUGAUCAUGAUAUUGAUCGUCCAUUAAUAUCACUUAAUGAUGAUGGUGGUGAUAGUCAUAGGGAUUAUCUUAAAUCUGCUACUGGUAAUUGGUUAUGUGGUGUUCCAUUUGGUUAUGGUACAUGUCAUUCUUCUUCUUCUUCUGGCUUACAAUAUUAUUGUCAAUGUAAUAUUGGUUAUGAAAAAGAUGUAAAUUACAGUGAUAUGGAUAAUUGUUGGAAACAAAUUGAACAAGUAAACAACAAUGAAACUGUUUAUAAAUGUGGUCAAAAUAUCUGUUUAAAUGGUGGACAAUGUAUUUAUGUAACUAAAGGACUUGUAACUUAUAUUGAUCAAUAUAACAAUGAGAUUACUACCACUAAUGAUACUAAUCAUAUAUAUAAUCAAGUGCCAAUAUGUCAAUGUCAACCAGGUUAUACUGGUUUCUAUUGUGAAUUAAAAGAAGGUAUAUGGAGUGAAUGGAAUUCAUGGAGUGAUUGUCUACCAAAUUGUGGUAUAAAACGUUAUCGUUCACGUUUACGUUUAUGUCAUGGAGAUGUUGGUUGUAUUGGAUCCAAUCAAGAAAUUCAAAAAUGUCCAUCAAAGAAAUGUAUCACAAUAUCAUUGAAUAAAUCUAAUGAUAAAUCAAUUCAAAGGAAAACAUUUACAUUAAAUUAUUAUUCAAUAUGGUUUCUAGGAUGUUUAAUACCUAUAGAGAUAGUCAUUAUUAUUUUAGGUGUGAUUAUAUAUGAAAAUUUACUACUUAAAACAUCGUCAUCGUCAUCAUCAUCAUCAUUGUCGUCAGCAUCGUCAUUUUCGUCUCCACCUUCCUCAUCGUCAUCAUCAUCACCAUCGACUUCAUCAUGA